AUGACAACCCAUCUGACCACCGAGGAAAUUGAAAGGGCUUCCCAGCUUCUAAGUGCCCAGGACAAAGCCGUCUUACUUUUUGAAGAGAUCGAGCGGGACUUAGUCCGACAUGGUGUCACCGAAAAGAAAUUGAACGAGGAAAUCUACCAAUUAGGGUUGGAUCGCUAUGGCAUCAAGACGCAUUGGCAUAAACGAGUCAUCCGCAGCGGGCCAAAUACUCUCAGCCCGUUCUCCGAGAACCCACCGGAUCGUGUGAUCCAGCCAGAUGAUAUACUCGUCGUGGACUUGGGGCCUGUCUUUGAAGCCUGGGAGGCGGACUUUGGGCGUACCUUUGUCUUAGGAGACGAUCCUUACAAGAAGAAGCUUCGUGAUGCGCUAGAGCCGAUCUGGAAUACAGUCAAGGCUCGGUAUCGCGAGAACCCGGACAUGUCUGGAGAAGAAUUGUAUGACAUUUCCUGUGAGAUCGCCAAGCAGGAAGGCUGGGAUUUUGGUGCGGAUAUAGCUGGCCAUCUGGUGGGAUCAUUCCCUCAUGAGCGAAUUCCGCGGGAUAGGACGUCUCUUUACAUCACCAAGGGCAAUCAGGAGUCAAUGGGACUGUCUGGCCGUGAUGGGUUCAAGCGUCAUUGGAUUUUGGAGAUCCAUCUUCAUGAUAAAGAGCGUGGGUUUGGGGGUUUCUAUGAGCAGCUCUUGACCGUUGAUUAG